AAGGACAGUGGGCAGUAGGUGAUACAUUAGAUACCGAUGGUAUGAAUAAUGAAGAAUACAAAAAGAGGUAUCAGCAGCAACUACAAAUAGGAGGAAGAAUAUGGUUGGAGGAGUACCAGAAACCAAGAAAGGAAGAUACAGCCGAUAUUGAGCAAACCGUACAAGCUCUUAUGAAGAGUCUUAAAGAGAAGAAGAGAGAACUACAGGAGAAGGAUAAUGAGCUACAGGAGAAGGAUGGGGAGCUACAGGAGAAGAAUAUGGAGCUACAGAAGAAGGAUAGAGAGCUGCAGGAGAAAGAGGAGAUAUUACGACAGAAGGAUAGGGAGCUAUGUCAGUCUCAAGAUGCAGUUCGUAGGUACCAGCAACAAGUACUUACUGAUGAUCACUGGGUUAUUAAUAAAGAUGAGGUGACUUUGAUGGAGGAAGAGUUAGGAAGAGGAUCUUAUGCUGUCGUUACAGUUGGUAUCUUUAGAGGUUUAAAAGUAGCUGUCAAGUCACUUCAUAAUAUCAUCAUCUCAGAUGUCAAUUUGGCUCUCUUCUCCAGGGAAAUGAGUAUAGCAUCACAAAUACGUCAUCCUAACCUGGUCCAGUUUAUUGGUGCAACUAAAGUGGGUAAUCCUCUCAUCUUGACCGAACUGAUGAGCACUAGUCUUUAUAAAAAGCUUCAGGACACUGAGUUAACAAAGCAGCAGAUCAUGAGUAUUGCUCAAGAUGUAGCUUUAGGCCUCAACUACCUUCACCUGUUUAAGCCUCAGCCUAUUAUUCACAGAGAUGUGAGCAGUCCUAACGUAUUAUUAAAGCCUUGCACUGGACCUGCUGGUUAUGAAGCUAAAGUAGCAGAUUAUGGUACAGCUAAAUUGCAACAAGGCACUAGUACUGGUACUGUUAUGCCAGGCAAUCCAGCAUAUGCUGCACCAGAAGCUCGUGAUCCUGAUCAACACAGUCCAGCAAUGGAUGUCUACAGUUACUCUGUUCUCCUUAUGGAAAUGAAUUUACGUUGUCCACCGGAAAUGACAACAGCAGAGAGAGCACGACAAUCUGGUAGUGUCUCCUGGUCUGAUAUGAAGUCUCUCAUACAAAGAGGACUUAAAAUUGAUCCUAGAGCUCGUCCUACUAUGGCUCAAGUAUUAGAGUCAUUGAAAAGGAUGAGGAUUUGAAUUAAUAUAAUUAUUUUUUUGCUAGUUUUAAAUUAAAAACAUUUAUUUUUGUAGCCCUAUUAUACCUAUCUUCUUUUUCAAUUGCUUCAGUUCUUUUAAUUUUUUCUCUUUUUUUCUUGAAUUGAUAACAUGUCUUUCUGUAUUAGCUCAA